AUGCGAUUAAUCAAUGCACACACGCUAGCAGUGGAGGAGUUCUUUGGCGCAAGUAUCCCAAAAUACGCCAUCCUAUCUCACACAUGGGGCUCUGAAGAGAUCCUCCUGGCGGAUUGGACGGAAAUUGAAGCGGCUUCCAAAGAGCUGGGUGCUGAGCUUGCCCCGGCUAAGGCUGGAUAUGCAAAGAUUAAGAAUGCCCUAAAGCAGGCAAUACGAGAUGGCCUGGACUAUCUUUGGGUGGACACAAACUGUAUUGAUAAGCCCAAUUGGAGCGAACUGGCCGAGGCCAUCAAUUCCAUGUUCGCCUGGUAUCGAGAUGCAGUGGUCUGCUAUGCAUAUCUAGAAGAUCUCAACGAGUUCUCGGUUCCGCCCACGAGGCGGGAGCUUCAAGACUGUCGUUGGUUCACCAGAGGUUGGACUCUGCAGGAACUCUUAGCUCCCGACAAGGUCAACUUCUAUUCCGGUGAUUGGACCUUUCUUGGGUCUAAAAAUGACCUGGCCGAUACGAUUAAAGACAUUACUGGAAUCCCAAAAUCUUUCAUCACCGGUCGCCACAGCAUAUACAGAGCAAGUUUAGCUCAGAGGAUAUCUUGGGUAGCAAGACGCAUUACGACGAGGCCCGAGGAUAUCGCAUAUUGUAUGCUCGGGAUCCUCGACGUCAAUAUGCCCCUGAUUUACGGGGAGGGAUACAAAGCUUUCAUCCGACUCCAAGAAGAAAUCAUUAAAUCAUCUGCAGACGAGAGUCUAUUUUGCUGGACCUUUGACAACACCGUGCCCAUAGACUGGGUCAGUGUUCUAGCCCCUUCACCGAUUGUGUUUCGAGACUCCAGUAACUUUGAACCUUACCGACUGUUUCGGGGACGGGUAUCUUCCUAUUCCGUGACAAAUCAGGGUCUAUCUAUCAAUCUCCCACUGAUAGAGGUAAAGGACGGAUUUUUGGGUCUUCUAAACGUGCUAUCACUCACACGUGGCGCCGGGGCCGUCGCGAUAUUUCUUCAGGGCGACCUUACCAGCGGGGUUCUGACGAGAGCCAGGUCGCCAGGCGCGCCGAUCAGGCUUCCCGGGAGUAUGGCUGUAUUAUCCAGUUAUCUAAUGCCAGUCGAGCAUACCAGAGAACAUAUAUUUAUUCGAUCCAAAAUCGGUUUAAUCAAGCCUCUCACAACACAUCCACAACCAGUCCAGCCCACCACUCCUACCAACAUCCGCCAAGAGAGUCGGUACCAAGUAUUGCUCUUAACCGAAGGGAGGCUCUUUGUUUCUGCCAACACCUUUCCUCAUGGGCGGCUUUCGAGUGGAUGUGUUUUGAAUAUCCAACCUUCCGAUACCGCACCCUCUGAUAGUGUUCUCGUCCAGCUUAAUUAUUACUCUGGUCCAAGUACUCUGCUGCUAUUUCGAGCAUCCCUUCAAGCCGACAGAAAUACAUGCAUGUGGUUUUGCAAGGUCCUGGAUUCGUACGAGGGAGACAUCACUUCACUGUCGGAAACUCAACUGGACGCAAUGUCUCGUGGCAACCAAAGCACUGAACAACUUUCCGAUGAUAGUAGAGAGGAUGUCAAAAUACAAAUGGGUGAGGAGUUUGAUGCAGGGGUGAACUGCCAGAUGCGAGUUGCACAUAUCUCUGUUCGUUCGGAAGCCUCUAGAAACCCAACUGGUAUUAACUUUGAUUUGGGAUUUUCCCGCCUCAGCUCUGGUAAUAUCUGGCAAUAUGCUAGAAAUAUCUUGGAUAAGGACAAUGCAUAG